AUGGAUGGUUUUUCAAAUAUAGAAAAAAUCGGUGAAGGAACGUAUGGCGUAGUAUAUAAGGCAACCGAUAAUGAAACAGGAAAACUAGUCGCCUUGAAAAAAAUCCGUUUAGAAAAUGAGACUGAAGGAGUUCCCUCUACUGCUAUGAGGGAAAUAUCUAUUUUAAAAGAACUCAAACAUGACUGUGUUGUAGAAUUAUUCGAUGUGAUUCCUGUUUCCAAAAGACUGUAUUUAGUUUUUGAAUUUUUGGAUAUGGAUUUAAAAAGACUUAUAGAUUCAUCUUCAACACCAUUUCCACCUGGAUUAGUUAAAAGUUAUAUGUUUCAGUUAUUGCAAGGUUUGGCGUUUUGUCAUUCAAGAAGAGUAUUGCAUCGUGAUCUUAAACCACAAAACAUAUUAAUUAAUAGUUCUGGACAUAUCAAAUUGGCUGAUUUUGGCCUGUGUAGAGCUUUCGGAAUGCCUAUUCGGUCAUAUACACAUGAGGUGAUAACAUUAUGGUAUCGUGCACCAGAAAUACUUUUAGGAACAAAAUUCUAUACUACUUCAAUUGAUGUAUGGUCUCUAGGAUGCAUAUUUGCAGAAAUGAUGAUCAGAAAGCCAUAUUUCCCAGGUGAUAGUGAAAUUGAUCAACUCUUUCGAAUAUUUCGAUUGUUAGGUACUCCAGAGGAAAAAGACUGGCCUGGUAUCAAAGAUUUACCUGAUUAUAAAGCUAUGUUUCCAAAAUGGAAUCCACAGCCUACUAAUGCUAUUAUAAAGGAAAAACUACUAAAAUAUAAUUUUAAAUUGACUAAACUGGUAUUUGUUUUGUUUUUACAGCUCAUGUUGAAAUAUGAUCCAAUAAAAAGAAUUUCUGCAAGAGCAGCUUUAGCACACAAAUAUUUUAAUGAUGUUAAGUUGGAAAUACCAAUUCUACCUGAACCUCCCAAAUGUUCAGUUGAUGAAAAUGAGUAUUCUAAUGAAAAGAGUAACUGGUGAGCUAAUAAAUACUUUGUGCUUCAACAAUUUGUACUUACAAGAGAUUGAAGUAAGUUUAACACACACUAUAUUAAUUCUUUAUUCACAAUUCACACUUUAAUUGUGCAAUUUGUUUAAUUUAUUGAUUUUUGUAUUAUAAUUAAGUGUUUU